AUGGCUACUGAAUCACCAUCAACUUUGCCGUCAACUAGCACGCCUCGAGCAACCCCCGAACGAGUCACCGAGCUGUCGCAAAAUCUCGCAGAAAUCCGCGAGCGUGUUCGCGACUCAUCCCACUCCGUAUCACCCCAGCGAGACCCUCCCGUACUUGUUGCAGUCUCAAAAUACAAGCCUGCGUCCGACAUUCUCGCUUGCUACGAGCAAGGUCAGCUCGAUUUCGGUGAAAAUUACGCUCAGGAACUUGUAGACAAAGCUAAGCAGCUUCCUCAAGACAUCCGAUGGCAUUUCAUUGGCGGCUUUCAGACGAAUAAGUCAAAAGUCCUCGCUGGGAUACCUAACUUAUAUGCGCUACAAACACUUGCAUCUAUAAAGGCAGCCGACUCUCUGAAUCGUGCUCUUCCGGCAGAAAGGGAAUCCUCACCAUUAAACGUCCUGCUACAAGUUAAUACCUCCGGCGAAGACAUAAAAUCUGGACUUCCACCACUUCUAGACUCUGGCUCCGACACAAAGGACGAAGCAAUGGAAAGAUCCUCUCUCUUUGACUUGGCCAUCCACGUACUAGAGAACUGUCCGCGCCUAUAUCUCCAGGGCCUAAUGACCAUCGGUUCUCUAUCCGAAUCAUUAUCCGACACAGAUGAGAACCGAGAUUUCGAGACUCUUGUGCAGACACGCAACCGCUUGGAGGAAAUGCUACGGAAACGAUAUCCAGAUGGUAGUAAAUGGAACGAAAACAGAAAAUUGCUUCUUAGUAUGGGCAUGUCGAGUGAUUUCGAAGCUGCGAUCAAGGCUGGUAGUGAUAUCGUACGUGUCGGGACGGGGAUUUUUGGCCAGAGACAUUUGAAAGAGGAGAAAUAG